GGAACUCCGAGAGCUAGGGCUCCACUAAAACGAAAUUACCAGAAACUCAAAGAAGGUAGAAGAAGAAGAAGAGUUCCAAUUCGUUGCUCAAUUCCAAUUUGUAAUUGUUAUCAAUGGCAGCUUUUGCUCUCUCAAAUUACACUCUCUUUUCUCCUCGUCCUUCUUCCCCAUUCCUUUCUUCUUCCUCUAAAACCCUAGAUUCCACAUCCCCUUUUCACCAACCUCUUCCUCUUCUUCAUAAUCCUCGCCAUCGCUCUCGUCUUUGUGACCCAUUAUUUAGUUUCUCUCCCACCUCCUCUUCUUCUCCACUUACACGUUCUUUCGCACCCUGUCUUUCUGCUCAUAGUUCUGUUGCCAAUGUAAACAACGAAGAGGAUGAUGGAAAAGCUGUGGAAAAAGAUGGAUAUAAGUUUGAUGGAUCUAGUUUGCAGACCCUCAUCGAGGUGUACCGAGAAGCUUUUCUCGAUGGAGAUCAGAAGACUGUUUCUGAAGUCGAGGCAAGAAUAAAAAUAAUUGGGAGGGAGAAGGAUGAGUUGUCCCGGAAAUUGUCGAAUAUAUUGACGGAGAUGACGUCUGGGAAAGAGAAAUAUAUACGCUUACAAGCUGACUUUGAUAAUUUUAGGAAAAGAUCAGAAAAAGAACAACAUAAUGUGAAGAAUAAUGCUCAAAAGGAGGUUAUUGAGAGCCUAUUACCAAUGAUCGACCAUUUUGAGAAAGCUAGACAACAAAUUGUUCCUCAAACUGACAAGGAGAAGAAGAUUGACAUAAGUUACCAGGGAAUAUACAAGCAAUUUGUGGAGACGUUGAGGAGCUGGCGUGUCUCGGCCGUUGCCACAGUAGGAAGACCAUUUGAUCCCUCGUUACAUGAAGCUGUAGCACGAGAGGAGUCGCAGGAGAUAAAGGAAGGGAUCGUUAUUCAAGAAUUAAGACGUGGGUUUUUGCUCGGUGAACGACUUCUAAGACCAGCAAGAGUAAAAGUUUCAAAAGGUCCCGGUAGGAAGAGUUCUCGCACAAUCGACGGGAAGCAACAACCUGCAGCUGCUGCUGGAGUAGAUGAACACUGAUCAUUCAACACCAUUUUUGGUUCAUCCCAAAGAAAUGGAUUCAUCGUCUUUUUACAGCACCAUGAUGUAAAUGUCUCUCAAACUUUCUUUAUCAACUAGGUUUUUGAUUCUUACCAUUUGAAGAGUUGAGUUAUAGAACCUUUUUUUCUAUACCAGCAAGUCACUGGCAAUCUAUUUACUUUUUACACGAACUUAUCGAGGAUAUAAUUUAUGAAAGCCUGGUUUUGCUA